UGACAGCUUGCACUAAACGUAACCCAUUAAUAAAUAAAGGUCUCGAUCGGCAACUAAACUCUUCAGGAUACAAUAGUCUCUUGAACAAGUCUAAACUUACGGAGCCCGUCACCUAAAAGUAAUGUCCGGCAUCGUUCCGCUAUCUAGUCUAAGCGAAAGUGUCAAACUAUAAGCCACUAAACCCAAGGAGGCGGAACCUUCCAAGCAUUGGCUGGCCCAUUGCCCCGGAACUUAUGAAGUUGAGCUUGUCCAUCAAGUUACAUUAAUAAAUAGCACUAGCCCAGCCGUUCAACCUUCGUUGACGUGUUCGUGCGUCAACUUGCAGAGUCCAAAGACCUGCGCCACCAUCAUUGCUAGGAAGAGAUAAUUCUGUGGACUUGAGAAUCAUGACGAGCCAAUCCGAUAUUCAAGUUGCCUCUUUGGCUGCCGGCUUCUCGAUGGGCUUUGGUAUAUUGACAGUUUGGGAGGCCAUAAAGCAAACACGCCGAAAUCGAAAUCCCCUUCGCAGCACAUAUAUUUACAUGCUUUGGGGGGAGAUCGCGGCAAAUUUAAUCAUUCUUAUCGUUGGUUACCUUUGGAUCGAUGGACAUUUCGGAGAUAAACCGACUAUACCGCUUCUAUUUUUUAUACUGUUAUCCUGGGUGUUCGAAAUCCAGUUGCUGAUGCAAAUCAUCAUAAAUCGAAUUGCGGUUAUUGCGGAGCGUCAAGAUACUAUACAAAAGCUCAAAUACGGGACUGCUAUUAUUAUCACAGCUAUCAACAUUGCAGUUUUCUGCAUUUUUAUCCCAGCUCACUUGGUCCCUCCCGUAAGCCAGCUGUACGUCGAUAUUAAUAAGUACUGGGAUAGAACUUCCAAAUGUCUCAUCCUUCUCGUCGAUGCUGCCCUCAAUUAUUAUUUCUCACGGUCAGUGAGAAAGCGGCUUGUUGAGCAGCAUGGGUUGAUCAAGUACGCCCCUCUGGCUAAAUUCAACGAUAAGCUUAUGGUCGUCUCAAUUCUUAUGGAUGUCAUGCUCAUUUGUUUAAUGUCCCACCCGAACCCAAUCGUCUUCGUUCAAUUCCACCCCGUCGCGUAUAUGGUGAAACUCAAUAUCGAAAUGUCCAUGGCCACCUUAAUUACCAAACUCGCUCGAGAGGCCGGAUUAGGAGACGAGGAUACACACGAGCACGACAUUUCUCUUUCAUACGCAAAGAAUCGAAGUCAAGCCGGGCCAUCCGGCGUUCAUCAUACCCAUCGUAAUGAGGCCGUUCUGAUGAACACAUAUCACACAACCACCGUAGGAGGUCGAGGAUCAGACGAGGACUUCGAUGGGUUGAAGGAUAUGAACGGAAUCCACAGAAGAGUCGACGUUCGGAUAGAGAGCACGUCAAACUCGGAUAUUGCGUCCAAUCACGAACAUGACAAAGUAAGAGGGAGAUCCUUCGACAGGGUUGAGGAUGAGCUGUCAUUGACCAAUAAUCCCGGACACCCAAGAGGUGGUGUUUAAUAAAUCGAUGGCUUUGUCGGAUCCUCUUUAUGCUGAACGGCUUACCUCACGCAUUUCUUUCUGGCUUACUUACUCCGGAUCCUCGUACCACAAAGAGAAACGACGGAAAUAUGAUGCAUGCUAAUUUGCUGAUGAUAGGUGUAGCAAAGGGGAUGAUGUAAAACGGACAGCGCCCGUACUUUUUUUUCUUGUU